AUGCCCCUGCUGCCUGGCAUCAUGGGCCUGGCAGGCCUGCUCUUCUGGGCAGGCCAGACGGUGAACGCCUUAAUGCCCAAUGCCACCCUGGCACUGGCCCGGACCGAGGGCACAGCUGUGUGGCCCCUGAGUGGCCUGGGCGUGCCCCGCUACAGGCGGAAGCGCCACAUCUCUGCCCGGGACAUGAGUGCCUUAUUGGAUUAUCACAACCACAUCAGGGCCAGCGUGCAGCCCCCUGCUGCCAACAUGGAGCAUAUGGUCUGGGACGAGCGGCUGGCCAGGUCUGCCGAGACCUGGGCCACCCAGUGCAUCUGGGCCCACGGGCCCUCACAGCUGAUGAGAUACAUGGGCCAGAAUCUCUCCAUCCAUUCGGGCCGCUACCGCUCUGUGGUGGACCUCAUGAAGUCUUGGUCUGAGGAGAAGCGGCACUACUCGUUUCCGGCCCCAAAGGACUGUAACCCCCACUGCCCCUGGCGCUGCAGUGGUCCGGUCUGCUCCCAUUAUACCCAGAUGGUGUGGGCAUCCUCCAAUCGGCUGGGCUGUGCCAUCCACACCUGUGGCAGCAUCAGCGUCUGGGGCAGCACUUGGCACCAGGCAGUGUACCUGGUCUGUAACUAUGCCAUUAAGGGCAACUGGAUUGGCGAGGCACCAUACAAGAUGGGGAGGCCGUGCUCCGCCUGUCCCCCCAGUUACCAAGGCAGCUGCAAUAACAACAUGUGCUUCUCUGGGCCCAAAUCCAACCGGCUUCUGUGGUUCUGAAUUUGCCCUGGACUCUGGUGGGCCUCUAGCUGGGCGCCACCCUCCAAGAGUCCCUCCCCAAAGACCAGGUCAAGAAUCUUUCUUUUUUUAAGACACGAAUUGGGCUCACUCCACUCAUCUGAUUUUUCCCUCCUGAUUCCAUUUUCUAAAUGUCUAGCAUGUGCCGGAAGAAAACAACCUCCUUGCCUUCCUCUCUCCUCGGUUGCUUCUUUCUUUCUCUGGCCUCUAGGAAAGUGGCCUGUGUCUUUAAUGGACUCAGCUCUCAGUUCUCAGGGAAGGAGCAAUGGCAGCAGUUUUUGGACUCUCAAGGCUCAAACUCAUUAGUCUUUGUCUAUCCAAGAAAAGGUAUCUAUUAAAAAAUCUUUAGCCAGCAACCCACCUUCACUCAUCCAAUAAUAGCCAACCAGCUUCUGGGCAGCCUUUCGGGAUCAGUUGUCCCCUUCCUGAAUUGGGAACAUUUCAUGUCCAGGCUUUUAAAAAAUAAUUGAAAUUAGCUAUGGACACCCCAUUCCUAGUUCAUGUUACUGGAGCCACCACAGGGCCCAGGACCCCCUUUCACAGACGGGUACACUGAGGCUCAGUGAAGGGGUGUGCCUUACUGAGGGCUGCACAGCUUGUCUGCGAAGGCACCCAGGUCAGAGCUGAAGCUUGGACAUCCCCUUUAGACCCAUCUGAGCACUCAGGACUGAGCGGAGAAAACCAAAGUUGGCCUGAGGGAGCUCGCUUUCAGAGCCUGUCUUUUCUGCUCUCAACCACUCUCUCUACUUUGGUCUCCCUUUCAUCUGCACGUCAGCUCUAUCCCUAUCUCUCUUGCUCUUUAUUUCUCCUGUAAAGUCUUAUUCUCUUUCCCAUUAACCAUUUCCCCUCUCCCUGCCCCACCCUACCCAGAAACCAUUAACACACAAAAGCCCUUUUGUUUCCAGAGAUAGUAAAAUUUCUCCCUCAGACCUUGCCCUCUACCUGGGGCCCACUCCCUGCCUGGCAGAUAGAAACAGUUCCCUUUCCCCAGAGUCUCUACAUUUUUCUGGAAGGAGUGAAUUUUCUUCUCUUGGUCAUCCCCACCGAGGCCACAACUUGUGCAUGUCAACACCACCCGCACCACCGCUACCACUGUCCCCCUGCCCUCAAUAAAGUCCUUUGAGAUCCCAUGCAGUGGCUCUUUUUGUCCCUCCCUCUCUCAGCUCCCAGGAAGGAGAGAAGGAAAUUGAG